CUACCUGAAACCCCUCAAUGCACAAACAAUACACUUUAUCAUAAUCAAUUCCACACAUUCAAUCAAUCACUAAUAAAGGAAUUAAUCUGUUUACCUGAAAAAGUCUAUUCUAAGAAUGGGUAUCUUUGUCGUAUCAAAAAUGCAAGAUACGGAGUACAAUGCCAACAAUGCCCAACCCCAUCCAACUCCAUGCAGUAUUCCAAUCGGAGGAAAAGAAAAAGAAAAAGAAAAAGAAAAAGAAAAAGAAAAAAAAAAAGAAAAAAAAAAAAGCUAAAGAAAGCUAAGCUCAUCAUCACUAUC